GCAUGUGACUACAUUGUUGCUUUUUCGUUCCUUUCGGACAAAACUGAGGGCACAAAGAGACUGACGGGUUUGCGCCCCUCUGAAACGGCACUCUCCGCCACGGGCCAGGCCUAUCCUGGGCGCUUUUAGCCUUGGGAGGGCACCGCAGUGCCUAAUGCCUUCACCUGAGUGCCCGACUUAGGUGGGAUUGCCUGUCAAUCUUGCCAAUAUUUUUUUCUCUUGCACCCGACCAAGAUUUGCGCACCUCUCGAGCCUCGAUGCCCCACGUGCGAGUGCAACACCACCACCACCACGACUUUUUCUUCACUUCGUGCAUGCCUUCACCACCACGCCCCUCUGGUCUAUGGAGAUCAGCUCGUCGGCUUUGUGAGAUCCGCAGGUCUCUCAGAUCUCACAUCCGAGAAGUCACCACUGAGAGUUCCGCUUUCGAGUUGCCGACAAGCUGAAGCGCAUCUUCCGGCCUUCUUCUUGCGUAUAAUGGCGCAGGCUGACACCGGCCAUCUUCUCCAAAGCCUGCGCCUGAGUUCGUCAAGUCAUGAAAACGACAGCACCCACAAUGACUCCUCCUCCUCUCUGAACGACCUCCCCGGCGAGGUGAAAAGCUCCCCAGACAGGUUGCCUGUACCAUCCCGCCCAACGUUCAGAAGCUCCGGGACAAGUCAAGAUACCAUCCGCCCAACGGCGACCCCUCCUGUGGACAUACCGGCAACCAGCGAAUCUCCCGCCGCAAUCAGGGACUCUACGAGUCCUUCCAGCUACAUAGAUCAGUUCAUGCGACGGCGAAACCCGUCGGUCAGCUUCGACAAUGAGAUCAAGCUUGACUCGGGACAUCGGCAGAGCAUGCAAGAGCCCUUAGAAAAGCCUUCGAAGGCUCGUGAGCGUGGGCGCUCGUUGUUUCAAGCCAUGGCAGACGCCCAGAAGUCGUCUAGGGCGCACAGUGAGUCAGAGCGGUCACACUAUGAUCCUGUCACAGGCAGGCACCUUCCCAGAUACUCUCAAAGUCCGCCGAGGGAACAAGCCCGUGUUGGGGAGGGCCGUUUCCCUUUGCUGCAGACUACCGUGGAUGCUCUAGCAAGAGAAACCCACCCAGACCUCCGGCAUACCAUGUCGAUGCUCUCUGAUUCCGCACUGUCUUCGGAUGAGCAAGCCAUCGCAACUCCGGAUGUCGACAACUAUUUGCUCUCUCCCGCAGUAGCCUCGCCCUUCGCGGGGCAGGCGUUCUCCUACGACGAACCCAAACCAUUCCGACGCACUGCGUCGCAGAGAUGGCGAGAAGGCGACACCAGCGCCUCUCCGCAAGACUUCUUUGCCCGGGCAGGGAGUUUGCGCAACAAAAGCAUGCGCGAUAUCGCAGGCCGGGCAUCUCGGCGGGACACAUCGGGCUCUGCCACACGAUCACCGAGAUCAGCCGCCUCCUCGUAUCUGCGGGCAUUUUCCAUGAGCAGUGGAACGAAUGGUGAGGGAGCUGACGUGGGACCUCUCACCUGCGACUCCGAAGGCCAGACCAUUGGCGAUGAUUACGUGUUAGGCAAGCAGAUCGGAUAUGGAGGUUUCAGCACGAUCAGGCAAGUGACACAACUUCAAGACAGUAAUCAUCGCCUACUCGCUGUCAAGAUUGUCCGUCGCCAGAUCGAGGGUAAGAACGAGACGGAGAACGAGCAAGCUCAAGCCGAGUUUGAACACGAGGUUGAGCUAUGGCGGUUCCUCAACCAUCCCAAUAUCCUCCCUCUCGAGGCGGUCUACAAACUGGACGACGCGACUUUCUGCUUCAUUCCGCUCAACACUGGCGGCACGCUCUUUGACCUUGUUCGGGCCAACCGCAAAGGGGUUGCGCAGGAGUUUUCCAAAAGCUAUUCCUACCAACUGGCCUCGGCAUUGCGGUACCUCCACCUCGACGCACGCGUCGUUCACCGUGACGUGAAGCUAGAAAAUUGCCUGAUAGAGCCAAGCAAUGAUGGAGGACCAGGCCUUCUUCGUCUCUGUGACUUUGGUAUGGCAGAGUGGCUCUCGACGGACAGCAUGUCUGGCCCACCCAGCCCAGAGUUCAACGAUGCCGACCGGCCUCCACGGAAACCGUUCGGCCCAGCUGACACGUCGACCUCUGCAUUUGCAGGCGGCAGCCUUGAGUAUGCCGCUCCCGAGAUCCUGCGAAUUGCGGAACGCAUCAAAGCUGAUGUCCCGGUGGAGCGUGCCAUUGUAUCGCCCGCGGUUGACAUUUGGGCAUACGGCGUCUGUGUCUACAGCAUGAUUGUAGGUUCGCGGCCAUUCCAGAACUCUUUUCAGCCUCGAGUGGUCAUGGCGAUCCUGGGUGGAGAUUGGAACCGGGCACUACUUUCAGACAAAGGCGGAACCGAUGCUCACGAGCUGGUCAGUGGAUGCCUUGAAAUGGACGAAGUCUUGCGCUGGGACAUUACGAGAGUGGUCGAUUGUGCCUGGCUUGAAGAACUCGCUGGUCAGGAGGACAACCAACAGGGUAUGAAUGGUUGGCGACUAUGAUGUGAAAGACAUGAAACAACAAGCUCCAUCAUGGAUUGGAAAGGAUGGGGGCUCUACUUGGACCUUUCGGUUUGUCUUCGACGACCAGGCGCCCCUCUCAGGACGUACUUUGGGAUGGUGUGCAAGGUGGAAUGUACGGCCAUCGAAUCAUUGACGUGAACGACGACGACGUUGGGUUUGAGCUUACCGUGGCUCUGCGCGAUGUGGAUCCAUUUUACGACUGCGACGAAACGAAUCUCUCUCUCUCUCUCUCUCUCUCUUCUUUCACAGACUUUCGCUUUUACAUCUUUGGCGGCAAGGUGUUUUUUUCUCGGGCGGGACAGAGACUUCAUGUGCUUUGAGAAGAGCAAGCGACUGUUAAUGUACGAUUUGUAUACUACGAUUAACGCACGAUAAAUUAAAUUCCCAGAACUCAGGCUCGACAAUUGGGUACAGGCGUUCUCAUCUUCGUU